ACGUGUUAAUACCAUGUAGUCAUAACAGGAAGUUAUAACGGUGUGUGUUAGAAUUUUACAGCUAUGAUCUAUUACAUAAAACCAUGGAUUUAUCCAAUUAUAUUGGCCAUAGAAAUGAUAUUUGCUUGCAUAAUACCCUAUCUGAAGUCCACCCAUGAUGGAGAUGUGAAAAAAGAUUUUCCAUACAUAAGUGACACAGGAAACAAAGGGAUAUCAGCUUCGGCUUUCAGUUUACUUUUCAAUAUUUAUGGAUUUUUAGCAUUUAUCAAUAUAACUGUUAGAUUUGAACAGAUUAAAGUAAACUACAGUUACCAGAAAAGUCGGCCUCGAUACAUAGUAAACAUAAUUACAACAGUCGUUGGUCUCUUAUCAUUGUCUGGUAUUGCUUUGGUUUCUACCUUCCAGGUUGGUACACACGAAGGAGUACACAACACUGGUGCUGUAUUGGCCUUUGGUGUUGGAGUUUCAUAUUUAGCAAUGCAGUCAUUAUUUUCAUUUUUUUUGAAAGACAUUCCUGGGAGCAGUAUUAUAAUAAAUAUUAUUAGAAUAGUGCUGUCGGUUCUACAGUUUGCUUUUCUACUAGGAACAUUCAUUGUAACUAUACAGUACAAACAAUCUAACAGUGAUCUUUCAAUCAAACGAAAAGCAGCGAUUUUAGAAUGGAUAUUAGCUUUCCUAGUUUCGUUUUACUUUUUGACUUUUAUACCAGAAUUUCGUCACUACGACUGGAGAAUACAGCUAGAUGAGACCAACAUUAAAUCUAACAAAGUAGAUAUAAAUAGCGAUUCGAUUUAUAAUGUUGGCUCGAAAUGAAAAUAGCAUUGACAUUUAGUGAACCUAAAGUCUUUCAAAGUAGAUCUCCUGUUUGAAGAAUACUAAAUGUUCGAAUUAAUUGAGACUUUUAAUCAUCAUUAUUUAUAUUUUUGAAUUGUGUCUUAUAUAAUAUAUAUCUUUAUUCUCAAUAAACCAUAUACAAAGGUAUAGAGAACACAAUAAUAUACAUUAUCAUAUACUUAGACUAAAUAACAUAUGAUUUUUAGCGUAUGAUAAUAGCAUUAAAUUAAAGUAUUUUCCAUAUUUUUCAAAUUGGUGCUUAGCGGGCUGAUAAGAAAAGUUUACCACAUGCUUUGAUUGUUAUCACAUGCCUUUCCGUAACGUUAUCACAUGUCGUUCCGGUGAAACUCGGCAAAUUCCGGAAAAAACACCUCAAUGCUUUCAGUGAAAAAACAUUACAAAGAAGUGUACAAAACAAUUAUUUGAAUACUGGAAUGUAU